AAGGUCAUUUUCAGCAGCAAGUGAUGGGAUUCAAACAAUUAUCCCAAAGCGGUGUCACAGAUUCACCCACGUCCAGUGAUAAACAAUAUAUUGCUAAAUAUUUAGCUGAUAAAAUGGCAAGAAAACUAUACUUACAACGCUCAGAUAGUCAAGUAACCAAUUCGCCAAAAUAUUGGACGAAUAAAGAUUCAGGGAGAACUGACAGUCAGACGGCAAAUACCUCCAAACGUUGGAGAGAGUCUGAUAAAAAAGAUGAAGCAGAGUCAACUGUGAAUGAGACAAUGAAAUUAGAUAGGUCCACAACGUCAAUUGCCGAGAAUAGAGAUGGUCAAACAGCGAGUUCAUCCAAAUAUUGGACGAAUAAAGAUUCGGGGACGGCAAAUACCUCUGAACAUUGGAAAGAGUCUGAUUCCAAAGAUAAACCAGAGUCAACUGUGAAUGAGUCAAUGGAAUUCGAUAAGUAUUCAAUGUCUAAAACGUCAAUUGGCGAGAAAAGAGAUGGUGAAACAGCGAACUCUUCCAAAUAUUGGACGAAUGCACAACCUCCCAGAAUUUCUGAGUCUGGACUAAGGCGAAAGUUGUCGACGACUUCUUUGCCUGAGGAAGAGAAAGAUGGUUCCAAUAUUGAUGUUGAUGCAAAGGGAAUGAAUAAAAAGAAGGCGCAAUUUCGUACCGAACAAUCCCUCCUAACGUUUCAUCCACACAAGAAUGAUAGUGUCUCAGAAAUCCUACAACAGUUGGACGAUGUGUCUGAUUCGAUUCGAUUCGAAAGCGAUGCGAGAACCGUUUCGUCUAUUGAAUCGAUUCGCACUGAUGAAACGCAAAAGUUGAUUUUGAAGAAGUUGUCGAAAAUUUUGAGGUUAUUGGAGAAGAAGGAUCAGACUUGAAGGUUUUUCGUAUUUAGCCUUGUCAUGUCAUACGUCGAAGGCAGUUGAUGUCCUAUUUCCCAUAUAUAUUUCCAUCCUCUAGGAAACAGUUGAA